GUCGACGUCACUAGAGAACGGAGAAACGUGGAUGUUGUCCCUAGCGUUUGUUGUCAAAUGUCUUAUUUUUCGGUGUCUGUUGUCUGACACCGUUUGAGAGGAAGUUCGUUAAAUAGCAGAGUGGGGAGUUUUAAUUUUAAAAAGAAAAAAAUAAUAAUGACGGGACAGUCGGCGUUGUUGCUACGUAAACAAUUAGCAGAUUUGAACAAGAACCCCGUGGAAGGCUUCUCGGCUGGUCUUGUGGACGACAAUGACAUCUUUCAGUGGGAAGUGGUCGUCAUUGGACCCCAGGACACACUAUUUGAAGGAGGGUUCUUCAAGGCCACUUUAACCUUUCCCCGGGAUUAUCCUUUAAGACCUCCCAAAAUGAAGUUCAUCACCGAAAUCUGGCAUCCUAACGUUGCAAAAAAUGGCGACGUAUGCAUAUCCAUCCUACAUGAGCCUGGAGAAGACAAGUAUGGCUACGAGAAGCCGGAGGAGCGGUGGUUGCCAAUCCAUACCGUGGAGACCAUAAUGAUCAGCGUCAUCUCCAUGUUAGCAGACCCCAACGGCGACUCUCCCGCUAACGUCGACGCAGCAAAGGAGUGGCGUGAUGAUCCUAAGGGUGUUUUUAAGAAAAAGGUUGCACGUUGUGUCCGGAAAAGUCAAGAGAUGGCUUUUGAUUGACUUCUCAUAGAUCGAGGAUUUAACAACUUGCUGAGGUGGACCAGCAUUGACCCAUCAAUGACAGACGUUUACGGAUUUCAGAUGUAACAACAUAUCUGUAAAUGCCAUCUGAUUUUUUUUCCUUCGAUACAUGCAGCAAAUUCAAACCUUAGUUUUUCUUUAUAUAUAUCUACCUAUUUAUUUUGAAAUGAGAACCAGUGAAGAGGUUUUGGGGCUUUUUUUGGGGUGGAACGUGAGGUUUACGUCUGCCACACUGAGCCAUACAGCCUACAGUGCCUUUUGUAAAAACUGAAGGUUUGUGUUGUGGAAAAACAAAAGGGCAUAUCAGAAUAUAGUGUAUAAAGUUUAUUUUACCAUCUUUGCUGUGGUGUUAAUAAAUAGAGUAGUUGGGUGAUAUGUUUGAGAAGGUAGUGGUUCUAUGUGAAAUAAAGUGAUUUUUUUGUUCCA